AUGGCCCAAGAUAAAGUGACUCUUGGAGAUGCACUAUCCAACGUAGAUGUAUUGGAUGAGUUUAAUUUACCCUAUGAACAACCUUGCAUUGAAGCACAGCCCUGUUCGGUUGUGUAUCAAGCAAAUUUUGAUACUAACUUUGAAGACAGAAAUGGAUUUGUUACUGGAAUUGCAAAAUACAUAGAAGAAGCUACGGUCCAUGCAAGUCUGAAUGAACUUCUUGAAGAAGGAUUAGAACAUGCAGUUAUGUUAUAUACUUGGAGAUGUUGUUCGCGAGCCAUUCCUCAACCCAAAUCCAAUGAGCAACCCAACAGAGUUGAAAUUUAUGAAAAAACAGUUGAAGUAUUGGCACCUGAAGUGAAUAAAUUGUUAAAUUUUAUGUAUUUUCAAAGAAAAGCAAUCGAACGAUUUUCUGCUGAAGUAAAAAGAUUAUGUCACCAAGAAAAAAGGAAGGAUUUUGUUUCAGAAGCUUAUUUAUUAACUUUGGGAAAAUUUAUAAAUAUGUUUGCAGUUCUUGAUGAAUUGAAAAAUAUGAAAUCAAGUGUUAAGAAUGAUUAUUCAACUUAUAGAAGAGCCGCUCAAUUUUUAAAAGUCAUGUCUGAUUCGCAAACUCUUCAAGAAUCUCAAAAUUUAUCCAUGUUUCUUGCAACACAGAAUAAGAUUAGAGAUACUGUAAAAGAAAAUUUAGAAAAAAUUCAAGGCUAUGAAGAGUUAUUAGCUGAUGUUGUAAAUAUUUGUGUUCAUAUGUUUGAGACAAAAAUGUACUUAACUCCAAAUGAGAAACACAUGUUGGUGAAAGUCAUGGGCUUUGGGUUGUUUUUAAUGGAUAGUGAGUUGUGCAAUAUUAACAAGCUGGACACAAAAAAAAAAUUAAAAUUGGAUAGAAUUGAUAGAAUUUUCAAAAAUUUGGAAGUUGUUCCACUUUUUGGAGAUAUGCAAAUUGCUCCUUUCAAUUAUAUAAAACGUUCCAAACAUUUUGAUGCUUCCAAAUGGCCGUUGUCUUCUUCUGUAAACAGCAUGAGCCCUCAAGCUGAUUUGAUGGUUCACUUGCCACAAAUUCGCGAAGAUCAUGUCAAAUACAUUAGCGAGUUGGCCAGAUAUAGUAACGAAGUUACUACUACUUAUAAAGAUUGUGGCAGUGAUAUUGAAAACAGAGAAACUGCUGAAUUAGCAUUGCGUGGUUUACAACUAUUAUCACAGUGGACGAGUGUUGUUACAGAAUUAUAUAGUUGGAAAUUGUUGCAUCCUACCGAUCAUCACAUGAAUAAAGAGUGUCCCCAGGAGGCUGAAGAAUAUGAAAGAGCUACACGUUAUAACUAUACAGAUGAAGAAAAGUUUGCUUUGAUUGAAGUUAUAGCAAUGAUUAAAGGUCUUCAGGUUUUGAUGGCUCGUAUGGAGACAGUUUUUGUUGAUGCGAUUCGUAGGAAUAUUUAUGCAGAACUACAAGAUUUUGUACAACUGGCUCUAAGAGAACCACUCAGAAAAGCUAUUAAAAAUAAGAAAGAUUUGAUUAGAAGCAUUAUUGUUUCCGUAAGAGAAACGUGUGCAGACUGGCAUUUUGGUGUAGAACCCACUGCAGAUCCAGCAUUAAAAGGUAAAAAAGAUCCAGAUAAUGGAUUUGGCAUUAAAGUCCCAAGAAGAAAAGUUGGUCCAUCAUCCACUCAACUUUAUAUGGUACGAACCAUGCUAGAAUCUCUUAUAGCUGAUAAGAGUGGUGGGAAACGAACUCUUCGAAAAGACAUUGAUGGUCAAUAUUUAGUUCAAAUAGACCAAUUUCACAAAACUAGUUUUUACUGGGGCUAUUUAUUAAACUUUAGUGAAUCGUUGCAAAAUUGCUGUGACCUUUCUCAAUUAUGGUACAGAGAAUUUUAUCUUGAGAUGACAAUGGGUCGUAAAAUACAGAAAUGCCAAGUGCGACAUCAGCACAAUGAAGAAUGCAGCGAUUUGAUCACCAUGGAAAAGCGUAUUCAGUUUCCAAUAGAGAUGUCGAUGCCUUGGAUUUUGACCGAUCAUAUUCUACGAAGUAAAGAGCCGUCAAUGAUGGAGUACGUUCUCUACCCACUGGAUUUAUACAACGAUAGCGCCUUAUACGCCCUGACCAUCUUCCGAAAACAAUUUUUAUAUGACGAAGUUGAAGCUGAAGUAAAUCUCUGCUUCGAUCAAUUUGUCUAUAAACUUAGUGAGCAGAUAUUUGCCCAUUAUAAGCAGCUGGCUGCAAGCAUACUCCUGGACAAACGAUUCCGUGUCGAAUGUCUCGCUGCUGGAGCUUACAUUCUCUCGUAUCCUCGAGCUAAUCGCUACGAGACCCUUUUGAAGCAGCGCCAUGUUCAACUUUUGGGACGCAGUAUCGAUUUGAACAAAUUGAUUACUCAAAGAAUCAAUGCUGACAUGCAGAAAUCGCUGGAUUUAGCUAUCAGCAAGUUCGAAUCUGGAGACAUCACCGGUGUUAUAGAAUUGGAGGGACUAUUGCAGGUUAAUCGUCUUACUCAUAAACUAUUGAGCAAAUAUCUUGCUCUUGAUGAGUACGACGCUAUGUAUCGCGAAGCGAAUCACAACGUUCUAGCUCCAUACGGCCGAAUAACUUUGCAUGUGUUUUGGGAAUUGAAUUAUGAUUUCCUGCCGAAUUACUGUUACAAUGCAGCUACAAAUAGGUUUGUCAAGUGCCGAGGACUGCAGUUUGUCCAAGCUGUGCAUCGCGAUAAACCACCGCAAAUGUCACAUCACUAUUUAUGGGGUAGUAAGCAAUUGAAUUUGGCUUAUUCGACUCAGUAUGGACAAUAUUCAGGAUUCGUUGGUCCUCAUCACUUUCGUCAAAUGUGCAAACUGCUCGGCUACCAAGGCAUCGCAGUCGUCAUGGAAGAAUUGCUAAAAAUCGUAAAAUCUCUCAUUCAAGGAAGUUUGCUUCAAUUUACAAAAACAUUGAUGGAGGCCAUGCCGAAGGUCUGCAAGCUUCCCCGUUAUGACUACGGUUCACCCGGUGUUCUUGGGUAUUAUCAUGCCCAGCUAAACGAUAUUGUACAAUACCCCGAUGCUAAGACGGAACUUUUUCAUAAUUUCCGUGAAUUUGGUAACACAAUACUCUUUUGUUUAUUGAUGGAACAAGCUCUAUCACAAGAGGAAGUUUGUGAUCUAAUGCACGCGGCACCUUUCCAAAAUAUACUUCCUAGACCCUAUUGCAAAGAAGGAGAAAAACCAGAAUCGAAACAAAAAAAAUUAGAAUCCAAAUAUCAAGCUCUUCAAAUCGUGCCAAAUGUUGACAAAUUUGGAACAGCUAAACAAGCUAUGAUAGCCCGAGAAGGAGAUUUAUUAACACGUGAAAGACUUUGCUGUGGCUUAUCAAUAUUUGAAGUCGUCUUAAAUCGAUUGCGCAGUUUUCUUGAUGAUCCAAUAUGGGUAGGACCACCUCCCGCAAACGGAGUAAUGAAUAUCGAUGAAUGUACUGAAUUCCAUAGAUUAUGGAGCGCCCUUCAAUUUGUCUAUUGUAUUCCGGUAGGAGAUACUGAAUUCACUGUCGAGGAAUUAUUUGGAGAAGGUUUGCAUUGGGCUGGAUGUGCCAUGAUAGUUCUACUUGGACAACAACGUAGAUUUGAAGCCUUAGAUUUUUGUUAUCACAUUUUGCGAGUGCAACGUGUAGAUGGAAAAGAUGAGAAUGUCAAAGGAAUUCAUCUGAAACGGAUGGUAGACAGAAUAAGACGUUUCCAAGUGUUGAAUUCUCAAAUAUUUGCAGUAUUGAAUAAGUACCUCAAAAGCGGUGACAGCGAUGCAUCGAGUGUUGAACACGUUAGAUGUUUCCCACCACCUAUACAUCCAUCACUGGCUCAUGUUCAACAACACUAUCAUGCUCCGGAGUAUUUACGACAAAUAAAUCAUCCAUAAGUUGAAUUUGAUUUCGACAUUUAACCAGAAGGACUUAUAUUAUCUUUGAGGGAGAUAUAAAUGAAUAAUUUAUGUUAACUUGCAAUAAUUAUCGUUUUAGAAGGAAUUUAUGAUAAAUGUAAUUUUAUAAUAACACGAUUAGCCUAGUUUUUACAUUUAUUUACUCUGACGUGCAAAAUCGAAUGAAAUCAUGGUCCUUCAAGAUUUAUUAUAAAUUAAAAAGUUAAUAAUCCAUUGAUUAAUAGUUAUUUUAUACAAAAUAUAUAU